GACCGGUACCAUGAGAAAGCCAAGAUACCGUUCACACCAUCCCCCAAGCUCUUUCGAUAGAAGAUGGCGACGGACCCUCUAUCACCAGCCAUUGGACUCCAAGAGGCCAUCGAUAGAGCCGGGUUUUCUUCGUUCCGGUGCAUUGCUGAUCUCGGCUUUGUCAGUUGGCGUCCUCCUCCAAGGAAUCGAGGGAAGGGAGCUCCCUAUCGGUACAAAUCAUUGUCCAAAGCCACAGCGGGCCAAGUCAGGAAUUUCACCGUGUCGGGGGAGACUGCUGCCCCGCCCUCGUUGGUGGAUUCUAUUGCCAACAUUACAGUGCCCAUUACUUUUCGUACAAACCUCCCGAGACAAGUUGUGGCACAUAGGUAUCCAUACGGCCAGGUUGGAGUGGCGUCCCUGUACCAUGCUGCCAAUCAUUCUACACAAGUUGACUUGGGGACACUGGACUUUUUCUUUGGAUGCUCUGCAUUGGAGAUUCUCUCAGCAGAGAAAAAGAUUCGCCACAUGGUGCCAUACUUGGUCCUCAAGGUGCCGGGCACCAACAUGAUAAUGGUCCAUUACGACCUCGGCAAAAUCCGACAGGACUACUCUGUCCCGGGCUUUCAAUUUGAACGACUGGUGACGGGGCAGCCCAUGAGUGCUCGCCACAAUGUCGGGUUCACAGAACAUGUUCAGGUGAUGCAGAUUGGCCAGUAUCGUGUGUUGAUGACAGCCGAAGCCGACGCAACAACGAGCGCGGGAGCACAACAACAUCCCGUCGAAGUCAAACUCUUACAACAAGGAUACGGUGGAACCAAAGUCUUCUUUCAAAUGGUGGGAAGUGGAAGCCUUACGCUGUGCAAGGGCAAGAAUCGCAAGGGAGUGUUGACCAGUGUCCAAACUGUGCCCUUGUCGCGUAUGGCUGAUUCGCUUGCAGAAAACAACGAUACCGCCUCUCUGGAACAAAAGAUCAUUCGCAAUAUGGAACGUCUCAAGGAAUGGGACCGGAAAGGCUGGUUUGCCGAAGGCAAAGCCUACCGUUUGGAUUUCAAUGAAGCCGGUGUCAUGGAACUGAAUGCUGUAUCGCGGAGGGACACAUUGCUGCCACCCGACGCAGUGGUGAAAGAACUUCUCGCAACAGCACCAAAGUGAUUGAAUGAUAUCCUCCUUUGUGUCUUUUGUCGGGAUGGUCUGACUUUACAGAAUUCUACACUGCCAUUAGCACAACAUCUAUCUAACACCUGCACCUCAAGAGGGAUUGCAUGUGCAUGCACCGCGUAUGAAUGCUCUUGAACUUUUUUGUUUCAAACAGCCACUACUCCUCACCUCCAAAGAAUUUGCCAUGAAUGAGCUGUUGCUGCUUUCGCAAUGCCCUUUUGUCUUUCCUUUGCUGUGUCAUGUCUCGGAUGAAUCCACAAAAUGCCUUCUUUCCCGAGAAAAGAGUAACUUCCUGCACACCCAGUUCCACCUCCAACUCUGUCCCAUCCUUCCUCCGCGCUUUUACCUGUCGUUUUUGCCCAAUCACUCGCUUUUGUCCCGUUUCCAUGUAUCGUUGCAGGUAGGCAUCGUGGUUUUUGGCAUGGCCAUCGCCACAAAUAAGUGAAAUGUUGCUUCCUAAAAACUCUUCUCUGGUGUACCCAAACAUGUUGCAAGCGGCGUCAUUUACGAUUUGUAUGAUCCCCUGCUGAUCAAUUUCCACCAUUCCAUCAAACGAAGCAUUCACCAUGGCCUGUGCCAGGGCUUGUUUUUCCUGUAACAUGGCUUCAUGUUGCUUCAAGAGUGUCAAGUCUUU